AUGUCUUCAAUUGAAGAAAACCUCGAGCGAGAGGGUAAACUCCCUUCCUUCUAUCGAAGGUACGUUGAUGAUACACUUACUAUCAUGCCAAAUAUCGCAACAGCAUCUAACUUCCUGGACACGCUUAACAAGGCACAUUCUUCCGUAAAAUUUACGAUGGAAACCGAAUGCAAUGGCAUGCUCCCUUUUUUGGGCAUCCAGUUACUGAACCGAUCGCCCCAAAUAGAGACAAAGGUGUACGUAAAACCCACGAAUUCAAGUCUCCUCUUACAUUACCAAAGUCACGUUGACAAUCGGUACAAACAGGGUUUACUCCGAACUAUGCUGGGUCGAGCACAUCGUUUAUCUUCUUCUUGGUCACACUUCUCAGACGAAUGUGACCGAUUGAAGACAGUAUUCUCGCGUUUAAAGUACCCCAAACACCUCAUCGACUCUGCCACCAAAAAUUUCGUUGACUCAAAGGUUUGUGACCAGCAGCGACCAUUAUUACCAACUAAAGAGACGGAUGACACAAUUCGAGUGGUUCUACCAUUUAAAGACCAAACCUAAGCAAAUUUUGUGAAAGGACAACUCAAGGAUCUGAGCCUAAAAGUGAACACCAACAUCCAGCCCGUAUUUGUCAGCCGAAAAAUUGAUCAAGAACUGAAUGUGAAAGAAGCAAAGCCAUCGAUCGUAAAUGAACAGUGUGUUGUUUAUAAAUACCAAUGUGACCUGUGCGAUGCAGGUUAUAUAGGAUACACACGCGGACAUUUACACAAUCGUGUAAAAGGACAUAAACAACAGUCCUCAGCCAUUGCCAAACAUUGCAAGAACGUACACGGGACGAUCCCUCAG